GGCAUUUGGUGUUUACCCUGCAUCUGUGGGAAGUUGACCAGUCGAACGGGCCGGGCGUUCUCAGCCUUUGUCUACAAGCGCCUGCAUACCUUUUUUCUGCUGGCGACUUACUUCAAUGUUUUCAUCCUCCUCUUCACCUUGGGCAUUUUGCCCGAUUGGACAGUCAAUGAAUUUGUGGUCUACUUGGUGGGUUUUAUCGAUUGGGUCUUCGUACAUACGGAGAAGCUCAUAACGUCCUUCUCCAUUUUGUUUUGUUUCUACCUGCUGUGGCGCUUCCGGCACCGCAUCGCCUUGGCCACGGGCCUGGAGCACAUCACCUUGAUCCGCUUCAGCUGGCGCGAUUUAUGUGGCUUCGGAAGACGCCAACGCCCCGUGGAGGUCUUCAUUUGGAAGGUAAAGGGCUUACAGAGCGCUUCCUCCAAACUCACGAAGCCCAACGAUCUCUUUGUCGAGUGCCACAUGGGUUACAAUGAGCCCAUGCGCACGCGGGUGCAUAACAAUGCAGGAAGUGAAGCUGUGAUUCGUGAGUCCUUUCAGAUCAAUAUCGAUGAGAAUGCUGCUGACGCAUUGAUGACGCUGCUGGUGAAAGAUCAGUCGCUGUUAGCCAACUCAGAAGUUGCGCGAGUGACUCUUUCCACGCGGGAGCUUUGUGGUAUAGAGGAUCAGACGGGAAAACGUCGAAGCACGUUCUCCUAUACCGAGGACUCAUUCUUAGAAUUGACUCUAUCACCGUCAGGCACCAUUUGGUUGGCGGUGGCACCAGUAGAUGAAGCCAUGGGUGAUGAGGAAACCAAGCUUUUGCUGCACAGCGAAGACUCGCUACUGCCGUGUUGAGCUGAGAAACAGUCUCGCCAAUUCAGUGCACGGACCACCAGAAAGAUGGUGGAAGCUCCAGCUGGGACGCCCCAAAAGGCCGAAAAAAA